AUGGAGGAAAAGCAGAGAGUCAUUCUGGAAGCCCGAAAGCAUGUCCCGGGGGCAGACGGGAGACCAAACCAACUGCCAAACGAGAUCGAGGCUGCCUUUCCCCUCACCAGACCUGCUUGGGAUUUCAACACGGCUGAAGGUAGGGAACACCUACGUCUUUAUCGCCAGGUGCUUGUAGCGGGCUUCCAAGGGGCAGGGAGACGCCCUACCAAUUUGGCCAAGGUAAGAUCAGUAAUGCAGGGAACUGACGAGCUGUCCACUGUGUUUCUAGAAAGACUUAAAGAGGCAUAUCGGAGAUACACCCCCUUUGACCCCGAUAGCCCCGAUCAAGAAGUGAGUGUCUCGAUGUCUUUCAUAUGGCAGUCAGCUCCUGAUAUUAGGAGUAAGCUCCAGAGAAUGGAAAAUCUGCAGGGGCAAGGUCUUAGGGAUCUCUUAAGAGAGGCAGAGAGGAUUUUUAACAAGAGAGAGACUCCAGAAGAAAAAGAGGAGAGACAGAGAAGAGAGGCAGAGGAUAGAGAGACAGUGAGAGACAAAAGGCGGAAUAAGGAAUUGAGUAGAAUCCUGGCCACAGUAGUAAGAAAGGAAGACGAGAGCAGAGUAGAGAGGAAGGGAGAUUGAGGGUGUGUCGAACUAGAGAAAGACCAGUGCGCCUACUGCAAGGAAAAAGGACACUGGGUAAAGGACUGUACCAAGAGAAAGAGAAAACAGAGGGAAGAAAAAGCUGAAAUCCUUAACCUCGAUUAGGGAGGUCGGGGCCAGGAACCCCCACCUGAGCCCAGGGUAACU